AUGCGUUUUAUUUCUGCUAUCAUCCUCUCAACUUUGGCUCUCGGGGUCUUGUCGAGACGUUCAAGUCCUGCUCCGAAAAUUGUCAGCAUCCAAAUCAACCGUUGUCCAACGCCAGCCAUCUACAAAAACGCCGAUGAAGAAGAGAACGUGUCCCAAUCUUUGAGCUCUGAGACCAAGCUCGUCGUCCAAUCGGAAUUCGACGAAACUCUUCGUUUUGAAGCUAAUGAAACCGGAACCAUUCAGUUCUUUGUAGUUGGACGUGGAAAUUUCUCAGUCAACGUUCAAACCCUUCCAAGUGUCUUUGCUGAUCUUCAUGGUACCUAUAACGUCACUGAUAGAGGUGCGGUUAUCUCCAUUCCCUUCAAGGUCCUUCAAGGUGUCCGUGAAACUCCAAUAAAAGUGACUCUCACUACCAAACGCAUCGAGAAGACCACAUUAAUCUAUGCUAGUACCAAGGAUUUGGAGCCACCACGUCCUCCAAGCCUCCACACCUCCAUAAUUUUCACUCCGGAAGAAAUGGAACAAGUGCGAAAUGAGACUCAAACUACCCGCGAAUCAACCGGAACGGACACCGUUACUCCUCCCCCUAGUGACACCAAAGUCAUUGAAAGUGAGGGAGCAUCUGGAAACGUGACCAACAGCCAGGUCACCAUUAAAGAUGUGGAAUUCCCAUCGGUUGACGAUGUUUUGACUGGAGACAAUUCGAGUCUCUCUUCCAACACUCUCCGCCUUGAUAGCAUCACUUUGAACCGCGUGACCGCCAACAAGACUGAUCGUUUUGUUUCGGAAACUAAUGUUUACUUCGUGACCAUCAAGAAGUUUGAAAGGGGACAAAUCAUGUUCUACGUUUCGGGAAAUGGACAGAAACAGGUCACCGUCAAGUCAAUUACAGAGAAAAAAUUGCCAGCUAAAGUGAUGAAGGUUGCCGAUGACUACGCCGCGUUCAGUUACACCGAUGGCGUCGGCUAUGUUGAACAAGACGAAAUUCUUGUAAAAGUGGAUAACGACUUGGGCGAAGUACUUUACUUCUAUCUCACAAUGACUCGUGUUGAUUGA